AUGUCACCCGCAGCUUCAAAAAACGGCCACUUCCCGUUAACCCUCUCCGUCAAGCUCAAGUACGUUAAACUCGGAUACCACUACCUGGUCACCAACUCAGUCUACCUCCUCCUCAUCCCGCUCGCCGCCGUCAUCCUAACCAACCUCUCCACCGCCAACCUCCUCCUCGACCUCUGCACCAAAAACUCCGCCAUCCUCACCGUCACUUCCAUCUCCCUCGCCCUCAUCGCCACCGUCCACGUCAUGCGCUCCCCUCGAAAAGUCUACCUCCUCGACUUCGCCUGCUACAAGCCCUUCCCGGGUAACUUGUGCUCCAAGGAAACCCACAUGAGGGUGUCAUCCGCUACGGGGAGGUUCACGGCAGAGAGCCUGGACUUCCAGCGCAAGAUUCUGGAGCGGUCAGGGUACGGGCAGAAGAUGCACGCGCCGGCGGGGCUGAUGGCGACGCCGCCGGACCAGUCGAUGGCGGCGGCGAGGGAGGAGACGGAGGCGGCCAUGUUCGGGGCGAUCGAUGACUUGCUGGACAAGAGCCGGGUGGAGGCCAGGGAGAUUGGUGUGCUGGUGGUGAACAGUAGCACGUUCAAUCCGACGCCCUCCCUUUCCGCGGCGAUUGUGAACCAUUAUAAGCUAAGGGGGAAUGUGUUGAGCUUUAACCUUGGUGGGAUGGGGUGUAGCGCUGGCUUGAUCGCCGUUGACCUUGCCAAACGCCUCCUUCAGGUGCAUCCCCACACGUACGCGCUGGUCGUAAGCACGGAGAACAUAUGUCGCAACUGGUACCUAGGAAACCACCGACCGAUGCUCGUAAGCAACUGCCUCUUCCGCGUCGGAGCCUCUGCUGUUCUACUCACCAACCGCCGAUCUGAGCGCCGCCGCUCCAAGUACCAGCUCCUCCACACCGUACGCACCCACAAGGGCGCUGACGAUAGAUCCUACCGCUGCGUCUUCCAAGAAGAGGACCAACACAACAUCGUCGGCGUCUCCCUCUCCAAGGAUCUAAUGGCCAUCGCCGGCGAAGCCCUCAAAACCAACAUCACCACGUUGGGUCCUUUCGUCCUUCCUAUGUCGGAGCAGCUCCUCUUCUUGGCUACCCUCGUCGCCCGGAAGGUCUUCCAGGUUAAGAAGAUCGAGCCGUACAUCCCGGAUUUUAAGAUGGCGUUCGAGCACUUCUGCGUCCACGCGGGCGGUAGGAGCGUGUUGGACGAGGUGGAGAAGAGCCUGGGAUUGACGGAGUGGCACAUGGAGCCUUCUAGGAUGACGUUGUACAGAUUCGGGAACACGUCGAGCAGUUCGUUGUGGUAUGAGUUGGCGUACAGCGAGGCGAAGGGGCGGGUCAUGAGAGGGGAUCGGGUUUGGCAGAUCGGGUUCGGGUCGGGUUUCAAGUGCAACAGCGCUGUGUGGCGCGCUUUGAGGGAUAUUGGGCUAGAGGAGAAAAAUUCGUGGGACGGCGAGAUCGAUGAGUUUCCUGUUCAUGUUCCAAGAGUGGCACCUAUUGUUUACUGA